UCGACGAAAAAGCCACUUUAUUUGCCGCAGCGUUAGUAAAUCGAACUUGGUGUCAAGUUGCUAUUCCACUCAUCUGGUCAACUAUUACGAGCUUCAACAAAAGUCUAAUCGAGACUUUUAUUAAAUGUAUGAACGAUGAUGAACGCGAAACGAUAUUAGCAUUUGUUAAAUGUUUGAAUGAUGAAAGACGCGAAACGAUAUUUGAAUAUUUUGAGCCAACUUACCCAUCACCACUUUUCAUGUAUACUUCAUAUAUUAAAAAGUUUAACUGGAAAAUGUUAGAUUAUCUUUUUACCGUUGAGGUUUACAUCGCUGAACAUGAAAAAUCAAUUUGGAAAAGCAUAUUACAAAUAACAGAUAAACAUGGGAAGGAAAAUUUAAUUAUGCAAAUGGUUACUCAGACAUGUGCACUUAUUUUCAGAACUGCUAGCUUAGAAAAGUUUGUGAUUGAGCUACAAAGCACUCGAUAUAUACCGGCAUUUGCUAAGCUUCCUAAUGCUUCUGUCGUCUUCUCAAAAUUGAAAGAAUUUCGUUUGUUGCUUGGACAUAAGAGUCACGUGAUGAUUGAUUAUGCUUCAUCAUACAGUCGAGAUUUAAUAUGUUGGAUAAAUUCGGUUUCUUUUGAUAUCAGACAUUUGGCAAUUGAUCUGGAUAUAUGCGAUAACCAUCUGGUAAAUCUGAUAAAAAUGCAAAAUCAGCUAGAAUAUGUUAGUAUUACAGGCAUUAGCGGUGAUCACCUUUCCGUUAUUCACGCUCUGCAGACUCAAGCAAAUCAUCUUGUAGGACUUGAAUUUGAAAACAUGAUUUUGUCUAAUUGGACAACAUUAUUGUUAAGCAAUCUUUAUAUUUUUACGAAAUUAAAGGCACUAGCGUUUAGUAAUUGUAGAUUAGCAUAUAACGCAUCUAUUAGGUGGUCAUUAUUAUCGCAACCUUUGAACUGUUUACGCAAGUUAUAUAUUGAUUACGAUGGUGAAGAUGAAUUUAUAGAAAAAUUGAUAGAAACUGUCGGAAUAAAUUUAGAGGAUUUAACUAUCACAAAUUAUUGUUCUGGAGCAACCUACAGAGCUAUCGAAAAGCAUUGCAAAAAUCUUUUAUCAUUGCACGUCAAUCAUAGAUUAUCUGCUCAGUUAUCAUUACUUAGAGCGAUCACAAAAUUACAAAAUUUGAAGCACUUUUCAUUU